AUGGCCCCAAAUGCGAUUCCCCGCCAAGAUGAGGACGAGGUGUGUCCCGUCUGCAAGUCAUCGCGUUAUCUUAACCCGGACAUGCGAUUCUUGAUCAACCCGGAAUGCUACCACAAGAUGUGCGAGUCGUGCGUGGACCGAAUCUUCUCAUCUGGUCCAGCCAACUGCCCAGUAGCUGGGUGUCGAAAGACCUUACGCAAGAACCGAUUCCGCACGCAAACCUUCGAAGAUAUCAAUGUGGAGCGCGAAGUAGAUAUCCGUCGGCGCGUGAUGCAAAUCCUGAACCGACGAGAAGAAGAAUUCGACACAAAACGGAACUACGACGAUUUCCUCGAACAAAGAGAAGAGAUAAUCGCAAACCUAGUAAGCCGCAUCGACGUCUCCAAAACCGAAGCACAGCUUCAAAAAUACGCCACGGAGAACAUGGCCUCUAUCCGCGCAAACCAAACUCUCGAACAAGAAGAAGCAACCUCUUUCCAAGCCCGCAUAUCCCUAGAACAAGAAGAAGCCCGCAUCCGCCGACAAGCUGCACGCCAAGAAUACGAGAUCGAGCGCCGCGAAGUACAAGCCGGACGCGAAGACUUCCUCACCCGACUUGCCUCCGGCUCUUCGGGAGACGCAGCAGCCAUCGCGCGCGAAGGCCACAAGGUUCUGCUCAAGAAGUCCUCUGCGCGCCGCAGUGAAGAGGAUCGCAUCCGACAGAAACAGGCCGCUCUGCGCUCCGAACCUAAACGAAGUGCGGGCUUGUCGUCUUCUGUGGAUACGGGACUUGUCAAGGGUCUGCGGAAGAUCAAGACGCCUGAACCUGAGAAGCCUUAUGAUCCGUUCAUGGGCUAUGUGCCUGAGAAGAGGGAUUAUUACUCUCUUCAGGAGUCUUAUCCUUCGCAGUUCCUUGACAAUUAUCGUAAUAAUGCAAGCAUGCUUGCUGGAGGGUAUAAUCUGCGGGAGUAUUAUUCGCGUACACUGCUGGAGGCUUUUGCGGGAUUGAGUUGCUUCGUUGGGGAGGAGAUCUCGCAGCGUGAUGCUGCUCGUGUAUCUGAGCCGGUGGCUACAGAGGGUGCGGCUAUCGCUGCGGGCCAGGGUGGAGCGGAGGGCGCAGCUUGA